AUGGGAGAUCAGAGUGACGGCCGGAAUGAAGUGAUUAUGGAGGAGACAGUGCAAUCGCAGGAUACUACGAAGGAGACUGAGGUGCCGCCGAUAAGGAAGCCUACGUUUAAGGACAAGGUUCUUGGUGCUAAGCCGUUGUCAAUCCCUGAGGAGGUUGAUCUUUUGGAAUCGGGUCUGAUGCAAAUGGACCUGGUUGAAGGGAAUCGUCUGUUUCCUAGCUUUGACAUGGACGACAAUGCGUAUAAGUCCAUCUGUACACCAUAUGAGGAUUGCUUGGUGAUUAAACUGUUGGGGAAGAAGAUUGGAUAUAGGCUACUAUGUGAGAGAUUGCGUUCCUUGUGGAAAUUGCCUGGCAGCUUUGAAGUCAUUGAAGUUCACAAUGGCUACUUUUUUGUGAAGUUUGAUUCACAGGAUGACAAGGUGAAGGUUUUAACAGGUGCACCAUGGAUGAUCUUUGAUCAUUAUUUGUCUGUGAAACCUUGGACGUCGGAGUUUGUUGCGGCGGACUCCAAGAUCAAUACAACUGCAGUUUGGGUGCGAAUCCCUGGCUUAGGACUUCAAUUUUAUCACAGGAAAAUUUUGAUGACCUUGGCAAAGGGUCUGGGAAAGCCCAUUAAGGUUGAUAUGAACACUGUGGACAUGCAAAAAGGUAGGUUUGCGCGAGUAUGCGUGGAGAUAGACCUGAACCAGCCGGUAGUGGGGAUGCUUCGUCUGCGUGGAACAUGGUAUAAGAUAGAAUAUGAAGGCUUACACCUGCUCUGUGGGACUUGUGGAUGUUAUGGUCAUCUGACGCGAAAUUGCUCAGUGUCGCCGGUGCAAACUCAGGCUACACCGUCGGCGGCGGCUGUCCCGGAUGCUGCGGCGGCUGUGACGGGUCAUGAGGAGAUGACGGCACAGGUUGACAAGCCAGCUGAGGGUUUAGCCGUUGGGGGAAACCCUAGCCAGCAAUCAGGCGUAAUUCGCGGAAGCAUUAAUGCUGCAGAUAAAUGCCCCGAUGCAGCACAUGGAGAGUGGCUGAAGGUAGAGAGAAAGAAGAAUAAAAUCAAGAAAAAGGCACCGAUCAAGGAGAGUUUUACGCAGUUUGAAGAAAAAGGAAACAAAUCUAAAACUGCUGGAAAUAUGUAUGAGAAUAUUCAGAAAGUUGGUAACUAUAUCUCUAAAGAGUUGCCAACGUUUAAAAAUCAUGAUAAUAAGGAGAUUCCUUAUUCUGGUGAGUCAGUUCAAUACCGUAAACGCCCCCGCAAUAAUAAGAUUAUGUCGGUGGUGACAGAUGAGAAUAGAAUCGUGCAAGAUGGCAGCCAUGCGGUGCUUGCAGCGAAUAAAAAUUCCAUGGCCGUUCAGCAGGUGAAGGCCAUACCGGUUCAGCCAAUGGUGGAGACUUUGGCUGAAGAUUACUUGGCCAAAAUUGGUAGUACUCCACAAGCUGGUUUGCUGCAUGGAGGAGAUACUGGAACUAGUGUUUCUUUCACAGCUACGAUGGAAAGGAGAGUUAUUGAUAAUAUAGUGUUGCCCAAGGAUGUUGUCUUCAAAGAAUCAGGUGGAAAGUGA